GGGAACUGUACUCUGGCAAGAUGCUCUCUGUCUGGUGUGGCUGGGAGCCAGGGACUGGCUUACACCAACAGCAGGAAGCUUGUAGUAAAUAGCUCCAGUGUCUUCACUGUCCGUUACUUCAGAACCACUGCAGUACGUAGGGAUGAUGUGGUUACGGUGAACACACCAGCCUUUGCAGAGUCAGUCACAGAAGGAGAUGUCAGGUGGGAGAAAGCUGUUGGAGACACGGUGGCGGAAGAUGAGGUGGUGUGUGAGAUUGAGACGGACAAGACAUCAGUGCAGGUUCCAGCCCCAGCAGCUGGUGUGAUUGAAGCCCUUCUGGUACCCGAUGGUGGCAAAGUGGAAGGGGGGACACCUCUGUUCAAACUCAGGAAAACUGGAGCUGCUCCUGCUAAGGCCAAACCAGCAGCAGCCCCUCCUCCUCCUGCAGCCCCUGAACCUGUAGCUGCAGCUCCUCCUCCCCCUCCUGCAGCACCUAUUCCCACUACAAUGCCACCAGUGCCGCCUGUGUCAACGCAGCCCAUCGACAGCAAACCAGUGUCUGCGGUGAAGCCGGCUGCAGCCCCAGCGGUAGCCCCACCUGGGGAGGCAGUGCCCAGCAAAGGUGCCAGAGCAGAGCACAGGGUGAAAAUGAACAGGAUGCGUCAGCGUAUUGCUCAGCGGCUGAAAGAGGCUCAGAAUACUUGUGCCAUGCUGACCACGUUCAAUGAGAUCGAUAUGAGCAACAUCCGGGAGAUGAGAGCUGUACACAAGGAUCCCUUCCUGAAAAAGCACAACCUGAAGCUAGGUUUCAUGUCAGCUUUUGUGAAAGCUGCAGCUUUUGCUCUUCAGGACCAGCCUGUUGUGAAUGCAGUGAUUGACGACACGACCAAAGAGAUUGUCUACAGGGAUUAUGUGGACAUCAGUGUCGCUGUAGCAACUCCUCGGGGUCUUGUGGUCCCUGUCGUUAGGAAUGUAGAAAACAUGAACUUUGCUGACAUAGAGCGUGCUAUCUACGAGUUGGGGGAGAAGGCACGGAAGAACGAGCUGGCUAUUGAAGACAUGGAUGGCGGCACUUUCACUAUCAGCAACGGAGGUGUUUUUGGGUCACUCUUUGGGACACCUAUCAUUAACCCACCCCAGUCUGCCAUCUUAGGCAUGCAUGCCAUCUUUGACAGGCCUGUGGCUGUGGGAGGCAAGAUCGAGGUGCGGCCCAUGAUGUACGUGGCGCUGACGUACGAUCACCGGCUGAUCGACGGCAGAGAGGCAGUGACUUUCCUGCGCAAGAUCAAGGCAGCGGUGGAGGAUCCCCGCGUGCUGCUGCUCGACCUGUAGAGCAGCCGCCCCCCCACGACCCACCCAGGGCAGGGCCGGCACCAGCAGGGGCAAUGCAGGGCAUUCAGGAACUGGCAGGGGUCAUUCCAGUCUCCCUCCCUCCGCUGUGAUUGGAGCUGUCCCAGAGGGAAUUGUGGGGAUGGCUCCUUCCUCCUCUCUUACUCUGCUUAAGGAAGAUUCAGUUUCUCACGAGGAUUGCUGUGCGGUGGACCAACCACUGAAUGGCACUGCCUUUCCACAGCCGUCUGUACGGCGUCCUCUCUCUCACAGCACCAAACUCGCCUCUGGCUUGUCCUAUACCACUGGAAACCGCUUGCUGCUGCUGUGCUAGGGUACCCUUCCCUGCCACUCCAAGGUGGGUUCAGCUUUAUUUCCUAGCACUGAGGUUCCUGGGAGGGAGAGGAGAGGAAAGGCUACUGUUCUGUCCAUUUGGCUUGAAAAUAUUUCACACUCAUCUGCCUUGCAAGGGCAGCCUGAGGACCCCCAGGCCACUCACAGAAGAGGGCUUGAGGUAGGUGUCGUGCCUCUGCCAGCACCCUCCACACACUCCCUC